ACACCGCCGAUUCCAGUAGCGCUUUUCUUAGUGCCACAGAGGUACACACAAUAUAUUGUACGGAGCCUUCGCAUCCUUUCUUCCGCCAAAUCGAGGCCAUACCUGUCAAUCAAAUCGGUUUUCCGCACGUGCGCCGCUUCCCUGAUAACAAACAAUCACACACGCCCUCAUCUGUGCACCACGAAAAGCGACCCCUGGUGUCUCUGUUCCGCUAUUUGAGAACGAUUCGCACCUGAGCAGAGAACGAGCAGGGAGUUACCGUUAAUAAAACCAUUACAGCUAUUGUUGACGUUUUCAACUUUACCUGCAACCUCAUCAGAACGACAAGACAAUGGAGACUUUAAUAGACUCUUUGGACGAGACGAUGUGGCAGUCAGUCGACGCUGCUAACCGCGGAGAUGGUUACAAGGAGUUCCACGUAAUGCGUCAACACAAACUGGUGAGUCCGGGGACGAUGAAGUACCUCAUUCAAGAGGAAGACGGCGACGCGUUCGGUGUUGUGAUCGAGGGCUGCAAGAAGGACCAUGACCCUCUCAAGGACGUUGGCACGUGCGAGAUGAUUCUGGACGCACAGCUGCAGAAGGUCGUCGCCAUUGACCUUGACGGAGACAUCGCGAAAAGGAAGUGAGACGGCGCGGAGGAAUACGUUCCGGAAAGACCAGAUCUUGUUCUAGUUUUAAAAGAAAAUCUGGACUUUAAUAGGCCUACAGACGAUUGAAUCUAUCAUGUUGAUAAAUAAUAGCUGAGAAAGAAAUACGUGUCAAAUGUUAGGCUGCGUCAGAAAAUUUUAACUUGAUAGUGCUGAUGAUUGGGAAGAGGAGUGGGGGGGCCAAUAUGUUUUAAAAUGCCCAUUACUGACGAAGUAAAAUUAAAUAUGUUGCAAUCACACAGAAACUAUAUUUGAAGGUAAUUUAUUAAGGAUCAUAUAUCGUAAUUAAGACAGUUUGUCCAAAAGGAUUCCAACAUAAUUAUUUAUACCACAUGUUUUGGUAGUUUUCAUGGAGGUUUUUUCUUUCUUUCUUUCUUUUUGGGGGGGGGGGCGGGGGGUGGGGUGGAGUGGGGUUGGUAUCCCCCUUUUAUCAAAAUGUAUUCCGCGUUUUAAAUAUUUGAAACAACCAUUGUCUUCAGUAUGAACAAAACUAUCAUUGCUUUCCUUUUGCUUUGUACGACAUGUUUUCCACGAAUCAUUUAUCAGAUUCGAAUUAUUCGCAUGCUAUUUAUAUUUUCAUAUUUAAUUAUUUUAUUGUGUAGUUAUUUAUUAGUGGAUUGUUUGACAAAUUUGCUGUGUAUGGUUUAUGAAAUUAUAUACCAUGUUCAUUGCAUAUUGUUACAUGCUUCGUCAUGAAGUUUGGUAAUUAUUUUGCAGGUGCAAUACAUAUAAGUUACAUUCACGCAUUUUAUGUCAUUGUGUAUGACAACCUUUAUUUCCUUCAUUAAAAUAUUUAUUUCGAAACCAAUAAUUUUAAACAGUAGGCCCUAUUAUUUUUACAUGUAUAAAUCCAAUUUUGUAAUAUAUACAAUUUAUAUUCACAUAUUUUAUUGUCAUUGUGUAUGACAGUCUUUAAUACAUCCAUUACAAUAUUUAGUAAGAAUCCAAUACUUAUAAGCAGUGUUAUCUUUACAUACAUGUAUACAUGCAGAUUUGCAAUACAUUCACAUAUUUUAAUGUCAUUGUGUAUGACAACCUUUAGUUCAUUCAUUAGAAUAUUUAUUUAAAUCCAAAUUUUUUAGCAGUAUUAUUUGUACAAUGUAUAAAUGCAGAUUUAAAAUUCAAAUUUUCAAUGUAUACAAGUUACGUUCACAUAUUUUUAAUGUCAUUGUGCAUGACAACCUUUAUUUCACUCACUAAAAUAAUUAUUUAGAAACCAAUACUUUUAAGCAGUAUAAUUUUUACAUGUUAUAAAUCCGAUUGUGUAAUACAUACAAGUUACAUUCACGUAUUUUAUUGUCAUUGCGUAUGACAACCUUUAAUAUAUUCAUGAAAAUAUUUGUUUAGAAUUCAAUAAUAUUAAACUCUUAUUUUACACGUAGACCUAUAAAUCUAGGAAAUAAGAUGGAAUUUAACCCAGUACAAAUAUUAAAACGAUCAGAAACAUGUUUAAUAUACAGCCACUAACAUUGUAUGCAGAAAAAUAUAUUUGAUAUUUAAUUACAGUCGUUAAAGAGUCUCUGUUAGUCGAUAACGUCUUAAACAUUGCAGCAAACUCGGGAAUGUCCCUUUAAGGCUUCAAUAAUAACUGUUACUAAUUUGUAGUACCGUUAGAUGUACAAUACUGUUCGAGACAGUCUAAAUAUCCACUACAAUGUGUGAAGAAGAAUGAUAUAUAUAUUUACAGAUGUUCUCAUGUUUAUUGUACACGUGCUUAACGUUAAACUGAAUAUACUCAGUUGUAAUAAAUAGAAAUGUCAG